AUGUUCUCCGAGAUGUGCUGGAUCGUGCGGUUCCAGCGAGGAUCACCGCGGCGGUACAUGGUGGACCGCAGACGGACGUCGCCUGGAGGCGCCUGGAGCCGUGUGGUGUGGUGUCGUGAUGCUGCGAAUGUCCAUCAACGUCGUGUGGUGUUGUGUGGUGUUGUGUUGUGUUGUGUGGUGUUGUGUUGUGUUGUGUGGUGUUGUGUUGUGUGGUGUUGUGUGGUGUUGUGUGGUGUUGUGUGGUGUUGUGUGGUGUUGUGUGGUGUAGUGUUGUGUUGUGUUGUAUUGUGUUGUGUCGUGUUAUAUUAUGUUGUAUUGUGUUGUAUUGUGUUGUGUUAUGUUGUAUUGUGUUGUGUUGUGUUGUAUUGUGUCGUGUCGUGUCGUAUCGUGUUGUGUUGUCUCGUCUCGUCUCGUGAUGCGGCCAAGUCCAUCAACCUCCAACGAUGA